AUGACAAAUGUUCAUAUUAAAGCUCGAAAAUCACCUUAUUCUGGUACAGAAAAUAUUAAUAGAAGACCUGUUGUUGAUGUAAAAGUUCCAUGGAAUGUUGAUUGGUCUGAUUACGAUCCCAUAGAAUAUACAUCACCUGUGGUUUUAAAAAAUCCACCUUGGGCUGAUGAUUCUGAUGCAAAAAAAAUUCAACAUUUUAAUGAAAUAGAUGGAAAAAUCGAUCGAACAAGUGCAAUGGGUAAAUAUGAAAUAGAUGAAAAAACAAAUCGACCAAACAAUCCUCAAGGUCGUACUGGAUUAUCCGGACGUGGUUUACUUGGUCGAUGGGGACCAAAUCAUGCUGGCGAUCCUAUUGUUACACGUUGGGCUGAAAAUGAACACGAUGAUAAAAAAAAAGUUUUACAAAUAAUACUUAUUUGUAGAAAAGAUACGGGAGAAUUAGCUUUGCCAGGUGGUAUGGUUGAUGCUGGGUAA